CGAGCUCCCCAGGGGGGAGGAGGACCGGUGGGUCCUGUGCGGUGCUGGCCAGCGAGCUCCCCAGGGGGGAGGAGGACCGGUGGGUCCUGUGCGGUGCUGGCCAGCGAGCUCCCCAGGGGGGAGGAGGACCGGUGGGUCCUGUGCGGUGCUGGCCAGCGAGCUCCCCAGGGGGGAGGAGGACCGGUGGGUCCUGUGCGGUGCUGGCCAGCGAGCUCCCCAGUGGGGAGGAGGACCGGUGGGUCCUGUGCGGUGCUGGCCAGCGAGCUCCCCAGGGGGGAGGAGGACCGGUGGGUCCUGUGCGGUGCUGGCCAGCGAGCUCCCCAGGGGGGAGGAGGACCGGUGGGUCCUGUGCGGUGCUGGCCAGCGAGCUCCCCAGGGGGGAGGAGGACCGGUGGGUCCUGUGCGGUGCUGGCCAGCGAGCUCCCCAGGGGGGAGGAGGACCGGUGGGUCCUGUGCGGUGCUGGCCAGCGAGCUCCCCAGGGGGGAGGAGGACCGGUGGGUCCUGUGCGGUGCUGGCCAGCGAGCUCCCUAGGGGGGAGGAGGACCGGUGGGUCCUGUGCGGUGCUGGCCAGCGAGCUCCCCAGGGGGGAGGAGGACCGGUGGGCCCUGUGCGGUGCUGGCCAGCGAGCUCCCCAGGGGGGAGGAGGACCGGUGGGUCCUGUGCGGUGCUGGCCAGCGAGCACCCCAGGGGGGAGGAGGACCGUUGGGUCCCUUUCUGGCCUGUGGGCCAUUUCCAUGUAUAAAUCAUCGCUAACCUGUCACCCUCCCUCCCUCCCUCCCUCCCUCCCUCCCUCCCUCCCUCCCUCCCUCCCUCCCUCCCUCCCUCCCUCCCUCCCUCCCUCCCUCCCUCCCUCCCUCCCUCCCUCCCUCCCUCCCUCCCUCCCUCCCUCCCUCCCUCCCUCCCUCCCUCCCUCCCUCCCUCCCUCCCUCCCUCCCUCCUCCCUCCCUCCCUCCCUCCCUCCCUCCCUCCCUCCCUCCCUCCCUCCCUCCCUCCCUCCCUCCCUCCCUCCCUCCCUCCCUCCCUCCCUCCCUCCCCUCCCUCCCUCCCUCCCUCCCUCCCUCCCUCCCUCCCUCCCUCCCUCCCUCCCUCCCUCCCUCCCUCCCUCCCUCCCUCCCUCCCUCCCUCCCUCCCUCCCUCCCUCCCUCCCUCCCUCCCUCCCUCCCUCCCUCCCACCCUCCCUCCCUCCCUCCCUCCCUCCCUCCCUCCCUCCCUCCCUCCCUCCCUCCCUCCCUCCCUCCCUCCCUCCCUCCCCUCCCUCCCACCCUCCCUCCCUCCCUCCCUCCCUCCCUCCCUCCCUCCCUCCCUCCCUCCCUCCCUCCCUCCCUCCCUCCCUCCCUCCCUCCCUCCCUCCCUCCCUCCCUCCCCUCCCUCAUCUCCCUAUCCCCCAUCCCUUCUCUCUGCAGAAAACAAAGGCUGCAGCUUGA